GUGCACACCGUGCACACCGGCCUCAACAGCCGUCCUGCCGGGGCCGGGGCCGGCCCGCCAGCCGGGGACUGCCAGGCCUAUCACUUCAGCCCAGCCACACGGUUCCGCGUUGUCGUGCUCGACGCCUACGACCUGAGCAUCCUGGGCAGGGAGCCGGACAGCCCCCGCUACCGGGAGUCCCUGCGGCUGCUGCGGGAGAAGAACCCCAACGACAACCUCAACAGCCCCGCAGGACUCGAAGAACCUCGGUUUGUAGAGUUUAACGGAGGAUUUAGCCAAGCCCAGCUGGACUGGUUCAAUGAAGUCCUCAAGUUCUCUGAUGAACACCAAGAAAAAGUUGUAGUUAUGGGUCAUCUGCCCAUUCAUCCAGAUGCUUCAGACAGAGUUUGCCUAGCCUGGAAUUACGAAGAUGCCCUUUCGGUCAUACAUUCCCAUCAGUGCGUGGUCUGCUUUCUUGCAGGGCACCUGCACGAUGGUGGCUAUUGUUUAGAUUCUCACGGAGUUCAUCAUCUGACUUUGGAGGGGGUUAUUGAAACUCCACCGGAAAGCAAUGCCUUUGGAACUAUUUAUGUUUAUGAAGAUAAAAUGAUACUAAAGGGAAGGGGCAGAAUUUCAGAGAGAGUUAUGCAUUUCUGAAAAUGAUAAGCAAUUACAAAUUGCUCUUCUUCAGGAAGUACUUGGACAAAAAAGCAGGGCAUUCAGCUUAUUAUUUGCUUGUAGAAAGAUGUGCAUGGCUGAUCCUUAUAGCUUUAACUCAAACAUUUUUCUCUUGGAUACAGAAUUUUAGAAAUUAUGUUUCUGUAAAAAAAACAGACCUAGUUUCUUCGUGGAGAAUAGAGAAGGCCAGUAACCAUGUUUGAAAUAAAUAUAUUUAUACUUGAAUGCAGAAUGUUGACUUGAAACGCCCAAUCCUGACCGGAUUGUUACUUACUGUGAAAAAAUGCAAACCAUAUUAUGAAUAUUGUCAAAAAAAAAAGCCACUUUUUUGUACCAGUCAGAAUUAAAGCAUGCAGAAUUAUACCUGCCCAGCCACAUUUCAAUUUUUUUUUUUCUUUUAACAUCAUAGUAAUGUCUCAUAUCUGGCAGAAUUAGUCCACCCUGGAACCUAAUGCAGUCUUCUUAACAUUGCUUUAAAAGACUAAAGUAAUCUUCAAAAAAAGCUAAGCCCAAGGAAAACGGAGACCAUCUAUGCUACAUCAUGUAAUGCUGCAGAUACACCCACUGGGAUCUACGUGUGCACAGCUGUAUUAGCCUGCAGCAGUACUGAGUGAAGAAGCCCUGAUGUGGAAGGAUCUAAAGCAUGUUGCUGUGCUGCAUCUGGACCUGUUCUGGCUCUCUCCCAGCCAGCUUGUGUGUCCAGUGUAUUCACCUGUGCUUCCUUCUGCAGGAUUAGUAGUGGUGGAUCAUGCUUACUGUUGCUGGGCUGCUGUGUGGGUUCUGCUUUCCAGGAACAGAAAUUCUGUGAGAAGCAGAGUUGUAAUAGUGACCACGUCUGCUGGUGGCAGUCUUGAGUACACAUCUCACAGAAAAUAAAAGAUAUGGAAGCUUUCAU